AUGACGUACUGUACAAGACUACGUAAACUUGGUCAAAACUGUGAAUUUUCCAAGAUCGAGGAGGAGAUUAAGUCUCAAAUCAUUCAAUCCUGCUCUUCCACUGGUUUAAGAAGACACAUUUUAAGGGAUGAUGAAGUGUCCUUAGAAAACAUCCUAAAACUAGCAUGUGCUCUAGAACUGAGUGAUGAACACACCAAAGAUAUAGAGGAAAAGCCAGAACAGAUCCAUGCUAUAAAUAGAGGCCAUGGUAGACAGAAAGAAAUAAAGAAUACAAUCAGGAAACAAGGUUACAUUAACAAAAGGAACAGACAUACAGACGCUAGAGACAAAGAGAAAAACACAAAAUGUUAUCGGUGUGGAGGGAGCUACCCACAUCAAGGACAGUGUCCAGCAAAGGGUAAGAAAUGUAAUUUCUGCCAGAAGAUGAACAAUUUCGGUAAGGUGUGCAAGUCGAAGAAAAAGGGGUCAAUCAACAGAGUAGAGACAAGUGUAAACAUCAACACCGGAAAAGAGUCAGACUCGGACUCUGAUGAUGCAUAUAUUUUUUAUGUCAACUCCAGAGGGUAA